CUCGGCUCGCGGACACUCGCAGAACAAGUCGCUCCGGCGCAUCUUGAAAGCUGUAUCUUUCAGAGGGAUCUUGAAGGGUGGGCAGGAGCUCAUCAGGCAGGAGAGAAAGAGGCCCGGCCCGAGUCCGGGGACCCAGGAAAUCGGUGUGUUAGCCAAGACUUUCAUCGACCAAGGGAAGCUCAUCCCGGAUGACGUCAUGACGCGGCUGGCUCUGCACGAGCUGAAAAACCUCACCCAGUACAGCUGGCUGUUGGACGGUUUUCCAAGGACACUCCCACAGGCAGAAGCCCUGGACAGAGCCUAUCAGAUAGACACCGUGAUUAAUCUGAACGUGCCCUUUGAGGUCAUUAAGCAACGUCUCACGGCUCGCUGGAUUCAUCCUGCCAGCGGCCGCGUCUACAACAUUGAAUUCAACCCUCCCAAAACUGUGGGCGUCGACGACCUGACCGGAGAGCCUCUCGUGCAGCGUGAGGAUGAUAAGCCAGACACGGUCGUCAAGAGACUGAAGGCCUACGAGGUCCAGACAGAGCCGGUCCUGGAGUACUACCAGAAAAAGGGGGUGCUGGAAACCUUCUCCGGAACAGAAACCAACAAGAUCUGGCCCUAUGUCUAUGCUUUCCUGCAAACCAGAGUUCCACAGGUGAGCCAGAAGGCGUCGGUUACCCCAUGAGGAAGCGGCGUAAAACCAGUGAGAUGAGCAGGAGCCCCGCGGUCCGAGCCUUUGUGAAAAUUACACCCGGUUCAGUUGUGCUGAUUUGACUCUGGAUAAAUUAAGGAUACGUCCAAGGACGAAGAUUCAUGUUUCCAUCUGGUGUGUUUUAUCCACUUUCUUUAUGGGCGAGCAAUUAAAAAAUAUCAGAUAUGUCUUAACUUUUGAAAAAUCUUCUAAAGGAUAAUUAAAAGAGCAAUCAUAGUAAUGUAACUUUUGUUUAGAAGAGUAAGCGAUACAAAUUUUAUUUUUCUGCAAAAACUAGAAAAUUCUGCAUCACUCUGGAAAGUAUGUCAUCAGGAAAUUUGCAUAGACUGUUGCCAAAAACCCCGGCAUCGUUGGCAUUGUGGUACAUGGUUUUGUGACACUAGGUCUAUCCAAUUCCAGAAAACAAGCAACUGGAAAUGCACAUUUGUUUCAGGGUGCAAAUUCACUGCUGCCUUUUUACUAAGAAACUUACAAGUGUAGCCGUUUUUGCUGUAUUUGUUUUGUUGUUAAACGUACCUUCCAUUUACUCAGAACUUGCAGUCUGCUAUAAAAUUGUAUUAAACUAGCAUAUAGGAAAAUACUACUUUCCUAUGACAUGUUGUCUUUUGAAAAUACGUGUACUGAGGAAAAUGUUACAAAGUGACAUUAGAAGUUCCUGUAAAAACACCAAAGUUGAAUUGUCCACAGAAAAUGUCAUUACAGUUUUACGUUUUCAGGUAUGACUCAGGUUAAGAAAUAAGUGCUACUUGCCAGAGAUACGCCCUACUUGCCGGUUUCUCUUUCUGAUCACUCUGUAACUCACCUCUGCCUUGAAGGAACCAAAGUACCAACAGAAGAGCUAAGCCACGGCCCUAAGUCACAAGCAUACUGGCUCAUCAGGAAGGAGACACGGGUGCACCUGGGGAGCGUCCCCUUGACGUGGGGAACAGUCUUAGUUAGUAAUCAGGGGUGGCGGUUAAGAAGGCCUUACCUGAAAGGUUGGAAAGGACGGGGACGGUGGCGGAGCUUGCCCACGUUCUCGGCUCGAAGCGGACACCUGCCGGCAUUCCCUGCUGCCUAGUCCUUGGGCUGCCGUCAGUGAAGGUGGUUUCCUAGAGGGGCAGCAAGGAUGCACGCUUCUGCCCCGUGGCCUGCUGGGAAGAGCGGUGCCGUGAGAGGGGGAGGGGCACCCAACUACGUCUUCAGUGGCGUGUUUAGUCUUAUUUUACCUGGUGCUGAAUCAGAACAAAUGAGUCCUCGUGAACAUCUGGCCCGUUUUAUUCCAGGCCCUUGAAAUACACAUGCCGGCAAGUGGUUAUUUUGUAGGGGAAAACUUCAUUUCUUUCUUUUGAUUUUCAAAAAUUCAAUGCUGAUCUUUCAGAAUGGACCAAGGCUUUUAAAAAGAACAGUAAAUAUUUCUUUGAGAAACUUUCUACAAUGCUUUAUUUGAAUGUUAAUAUGUGCUUUCUAAAAUGGUCGUGAACUACUAAGCUUAGGAAUUCUCACUGGGUUGGCAGGUACACGAGUACUAACGUACUAGGUACACGAGUACUAACGUACUACAGUAAAACUAAACUUGAGAACGGUGGGGAUUACUUUGUCUCCAGCGCUCCACAGGGCUGGCGCGAUCCCACCCUUCCGUCUGCUGCCCUGAGGUCUCCCUUGCUUCUGAAUUAGUGACUACUUUCUAAUUCAUUGUCAUUUUUAAACCAGGCAUGCUGGACACAAGAUUUAGAACUCAGAAAGAGGGGCAGAAGAACAUGGCCAGGAAAAUUAAGACCUCUUCCUGUAACCAUUGCCUCCCCACCCUCAGAACACUUAACUGGAUGUGUUGCACAUCCAUCCAUUACUUGGGAAAUGCUUGCACUAUUACUUUUUUGUAUUAAAGAGAACUUGUUUUAUGCUGACUGAGUUGACGUCAUAGACAGUUCUGAUGAAAUGUCAUCGUUCGGAUUUAUGUGCCACGUGGAAACCCGUCCAGAGCUGAAUGCCAUGGCUAGGACAAGCUCCCGGGCCUCAGUUAAGAAGCUGAUGAGACCAGCACCUCAACCACGACCCUGUUUCCGGGGCACCAGUUAUCCUGGCACCCCUUUCAUAAGCAGAAUGUGCUGCGGGAAAUGCGAACUGGUAGUUCCAUCACAAAUUUUCUCACUUAUUUGAAAUGGGUUAAAUACUGGCUCAAAUUUCUUAACCUCAGCCCAUAGCUACUUUCUGGCCGGCAUUUACAAUGGCAUUCCAGCAAAAUAUUUGGGACAGUCAGCAGUUUGCGACAAAACUUACCUAGGUUAACAAAUCAUGGUAAUCACAGACCUUAAAUUUCUGUUAGUACCUGCAACCAACAUCAAGAAUAAAUUUCCAUUUUAAAACA